AUGACAUCUCAGACUAUUCAUGAUAUUGCAACCAAAGGUUUUGAUGACGCCCAGUCUUAUGACGCGCACCGGCCCUCUUACCCCCCUGCUGCUGUCGCCAGUCUUCUGGGACAUCUCGGUCUCGAGGGCCAAUCUGGACGCCAUAUCCUAGACCUUGCAGCUGGCACUGGCAAGUUCACUGAGCUUCUGUCUGCCAGACCGGAAGGGUACAAAAUUAUUGCCGUAGAGCCGUUGGACUCGAUGAGAAAUACCCUUAUUGCCAAGAAACUCUCCAAAGUGGACGUUCGGCCAG